CGGUAAUGGCCUCGCUCUACAACCUCGAGCCGCAGCCCACGGCCAAGGUCCUUCUGCGCACCACCGCCGGCGACCUCCUCCUCGAGCUCUUCGCCAAACAGACCCCCCGCACCUCGCGUAACUUCCUGCAGCUAUGCCUCGACGGCUACUACGACAACACCAUCUUCCACCGCCUGGUGCCGGGCUUCGUCAUCCAGGGCGGCGACCCGACCGGCACCGGCCAGGGCGGCGAGAGCAGCUACGAUGGCGAGCCCUUUGCCGAUGAGUUCCACUCGCGCCUCAAGUUCAACCGUCGCGGCCUGCUGGGCAUGGCCAACACGGGCACCAAGGACGACAAUGGCAGCCAGUUCUUCCUCACCCUGGGCGCCACCCCCGAGCUCACCGGCGUCAACACCAUGUUCGGCCGCAUCGAGGGCGAAACCAUCUACAAUCUCAUGAAGAUGGGCGAGGCCGACUUGACCGAAGAAGAGGGCAGCGAGCGCCCUCUCUACCCCACAAAGGUCACCGGCACCGACAUCAUCGUCAAUUACUUCGACGACAUGGUCAAGCGCACGCAGAUAGCUCAGCCGCAGGUCGAGGAGAAGAAGGGCCCCAAGAAGGUCAAGCGCAAGGCCGCGAAGCAGCUGCUCAGCUUCGGCGCCGACGUCGACGACGCCGACGUCGCGCCCGUGGCCAAGAAGCCCAAAUUCAACACCAAGCUCGUCAGCGCGGGGCCCGAGGACGCUGCUGCUGCUGCCGCGCCGCCCAAGCCCAAGCCCGCGCCAAAAGCCCGCGCCGCGUCCCCGAAGCCGCUCAAGAAGCGCACGCCCUCGCCCUCGCCCCCGCCAGCGCCGGCACCAAAGCCCUCAGAACCGCAGCGCGCCACGCGCUCGCCCUCCCCUUCGACGCCCUCCUCCGCCUCGGCCUCCCCCGAACCCCUCAACAAGAUGGACACGCUCCUGUCGAAAACAAACGCGCAAAUCGCCUCCCUCAAAGCCAGCAUGAAGCGCUCGAACCCCACCGCCUCCGCCGCGCCCGCAAAGCCUAAAUCCGCGCUGGAAGCCAUGAUCCCAGCGACAGCGACGCGGGGGCGCAAGCGCAAAGGCGGCGGGACGGGAAGCGCAGCCGACCAGAAAGCGCUGGACCUGUUCAACGCGUUCAAGAGCAAGCUGGACUCUGCGCCGGCCGAGGCGCCAGCGAAGAACGACGCGCCCACUGGCGCACCUGUGCCCGCUGCGCCGGGCCCGCAGCCCGCGGACGCGGAAGCAGACGCCGAAGCGGCACUCUGCGACCUGCACUUCAUAGCCAACUGCCAGUCGUGUCGGGCGUGGACGGACGGGCCCGAGACGGCGGGUGCGGGCGGUGCGGCGGGGGAGAAGGACGACGACGACGCGGGCUGGAUGGGCCAUGCGCUGACGUUUGAGAAGGAUCGCCUAGGCAAGGACUUGGAGUGGAAGCGGCGGAAUGAGGAGGAGCUUGUGGUUAUUGAUCCGCGGGAGAGGGAGAAGGAGAUUGUGGGGGAGAGGGGGAAGAAGGGGAGGGGGAAGGAGAGGGAGAGGGAAAAGGGGAGGAAGUAGUAUGGUCGGCAUAGGCGGCGGACAUGGGCAUACCUGGUAUGGUCGAACAAGUGCAGCAGAAGCUGUGUUGUAUGCUGUGACAGCGGUAGUCGUUACGUGAGGGUGAUAUCCCGCUCUUCCGUCCAUCCUAUAAAAUGAAAAAAACAACACAAGCAGCACAAACAAGUUUGC